AUGCCAAUAUAUACCCCCACCAAUCAAAAGCGCCUAACUAACGUUGCAGUAAUUAAAAUAAAAAAAUGUGGAAAAAGAUUCGAAAUUGCAUGUUUUCCUAACAAAGUGAACGCUUGGAGAGACAAAAUGAAUUUAUAAAAUAAAAAUUAUAGCGAGAAAGAUAUAAAUAACGUUCUUCAAACAACAAUGAUAUUUACAAACGUUUCGAAAGGAGAAGUUGCCAAAAAGGAUGAUUUGAAGAAGGCAUUCGGCACCUCCAACCAACCACAGAUCCUCGCCUCCGGUGAUUUCAACGACAACGAAAAGGAGAGACUCAACAAAAAUCAGUCAACCUUCCGUGCUGUGGCCACAGUGGUGAGCGAAAAGUGCUACAAUCCCGAGACCCUCACCCCGUACCCCGUUUCCACGAUCGAGAAGAUAAUGACCUCGAAACUCCAUUUUUCCGUCAAUCCGAACAUCACCGCCAAACAACAGGCAGUCCAAGUAAUACGGAAAAUAAAGGAAAUGAAUUUAAUUCCUAUUGAGAGGGUCGGAAUGGUGAUAAGAGUCGUUUGUCCAAAUGGUAGUCUCUUUUUUUAUUUGUAGAUGAUCAGCUCGUUCAGGCUGUAUUGGGAUAUGCGAGUAGAUUGGUGGAUGA